AUGCUGGGAGAAUUGCAGAAGGAAGUGUUUCUUACCAACAUUGCAAGCGGAAAUAUGAGGAGACACAUGGGUGUUGCAGUGAAAGAUGAUGAAAAAGCUAUAACAGAGACCUUUUGGUACAUCCCAAGUUUCUUGGGAAACCUCUUAAUGACUAUGCUCUUUUCUGUUAUGGAUCCAUCACUUGUCCUCAUGCAUGCAAGGGGGUGGCAGAACAUGGAAAAUGUACCAACACUCCCUAUUUUUCUUUCAUGGAUUUGGCUGACAUCCCUCCCCCUGCUACUAUGUAAGCUUCUAGGAAAGCUGGUCUGCAGCCUGCCAGUCACUGGAAACUCACAAACCUUCAACUCAAAGUUAAAAAUGCUUUGCAUACAAAUCUUGGCAUGGAGGAACAUAGAUUAUGUCAAGAAAGCACUCAGCCAUGGUGUACAAAGCGGCUUUGUCUCCCCUUUUGUCAACAAGAGCCUUUAUGUAGUAAAUUCUUUCUCUCAUAAGGAGUUCGUUUGGAGCUUUGAGUAUGGCCUGAACACAAUUUUGACAUCAUAA